AUGAUUUCCUUCCUAUUGCUUAUUCCAGUCGUCCUCCUGCAUGCACAUGCGGACGGGGAGGCAUGCGAGGCAUCCCCCGGUCCCGUUGGGGACAGGGAAGAGCUGCCCCUCUUGCAGAUAGGCGCGGUGGGCCACAGCGCCCAAGCCCAAGGCACCUGUUCUUCAGAAGACUUGGGUGCAGAAGAGCUGCUGGAACAGGCUUUGCGUCAACAGCAAGCUCAGUACAAUAUCCAGUCCGAUCUGGAGGAGGCUUUCUCGUACACGACGGGUGAAGUAAAGCGUGAGUACGAGAAAGUCGAGGAAGACACAUUGACCUUGUCAGGUGAUGAUUUGGAGGAUGACAGCACGAAGGGUAAGUGGCUGAGCCGAUUGGCAAAGGUGGGGGAGUGUGUCACAGAGAUCACCGUAAGUGAAUAUAUGCCUAUGCUUCCUGAGUGGAUGUUCAAAAAGAGAAUCCUCAAACACGAUCCAGCAGAGAAGAAGGAGAAGCACGAACGCUACGGGGGCAUCAUUGCUACGGUUCUUGGAUUUCUUUGGCCAGAGGACUCCAGUGGAGAAGUGGAUAUUUGGUCGCUGGUUCUCAGCGAUGUUGAGGAAAUCGUGAAUGUGUCCAUUCUCAAUGAGGAGUUGCAUGAAAGGGAGGCAGACUUCCUCUCCGUGCGAAGCUACCUAACCCGAUAUAGCCGGGAGAGCACCAUCACGGAAAAGGGCAAUGAUUUGUCCAUUGCGCUCGCAAAGGCACAGGACAUCAUGAAUCACCUUACUCUCUCCACGAACAAGUACGAGUUGCUUCCCAUCACUAUUGUGGGGGCGACGCUGCACUGCGUCAUUCUGCGAGAGCGGCUGGCUCAUGGAGUUCGGUUCUAUGGCUCAGUAGAUCCGGCCUGGCUCUACGAAUUGCAGACGAACGUGGCGUAUUACCAGACUUUCUUCAACUACAGCUACCCUCUUUGGAGAAGCUGGAGGUCUACGAUGAUCGACCAAAAGGUCGACGAGGGCCGCCGCCGUCGACGCGACAAAACGGACUGCUCCUCUGUCGUGACAGACAGGCUGGUCCAAAUCGGCAACGACGUCCAUGUCCAAGACGGACAGUCGGUAUCUAACAACCGCUGUGCCGAGAUUGCUAACAUGACCGCCCAGCGUAUCCUGAACCAGGUCUCUGCAGCUAUGGCUAAAGCGAUGCAGCCGAUCACCUACUUGCAGCGCUACGUGCCAGGUAUGGAAAAGGUCGCGCCCACAAUCCUACCUGCUCUGGAGUUCAUGACCGUCGGCCCCUACGCUGCUGUCACGCAAGACCUCCAAGACGGCAACAGAGAGGUAGCAAGCAACAAUUGGUGGGCCAUCAACGAGACCGGAUUCCUGGGCCCUGGCAACAUCAGAAAAGCAAGCGCAUGGGCCUACGGCUGCAACUUCGUGGACUACUUCAAGCUGACGUAUGACGAUGGAAGAGAAGAAACAUCGGGCAAGACAUCCAAUACCAAAGGGAGCAAUUGCGAAGACUCGGCUUACCCGGACAGGUACAUCCAUACCAUCGAACUUCACUUCAUCGAGGGCGAUGAGUCGUGGAGUCCUUCGCAGGUGGUUAACAUGAAGUUGUUCUUCUCCGACAGCUACAAUACUGGUGAGUAUUAUGGAUGCUAUGGACAGUGCACGGCCGGAAAACCCAGUCAAUACACUCAAAAGGUGACGGUUACAGGGGACUCCACUUACAAGCUCGUAGGCGCCACGUUGGGUGAGAUACCCAAUAAAGGCUUCGGGUAUAUCAACGCGACUUUCCAGUGGGUGCAGUCAAUGGCAUGGUCUAGUGUGAGCAGGGUUAGCUCGAGCAACAACCUCACGACCGGGCAGCGGUUGCAAGCUGGUCAGGCGCUCUGGAGUUACAAUAGCUUGAACAAGCUCCUCCUUUCAAGUAGUGGCAAUCUGGCCAUCUACAACAUGUAUGAUAAAGUUUCGUGGCAGACGAACACCGCCUGCACAGAGACCGAGGCAUACCUUGAACUGCAGGCAGACGGGAACCUGGUUCUGUAUUGUGGGGAAAAUCAUGCUCUCUGGGCUUCCAACACCGAGCAUGGUCAGAUGCUGUGCCGGGUGGCCGCCAUCGAGAACACGGGUGCUUUGACCAUCUACACCCUUCCCGACCUUAAGGGAAUCUGGACCAGCAGAGGUCAGGUCCCUGUAGGCUUCGGGAACAGCAGCCUUGCAAGCCCGCAGAGUCUUCAACCAGGCCAGCGGCUGGUUGCAAGCUCACUCUACCAGUUCGACCUGGCUUUCUCGGACGGCACUGCAGGGGGAGCUGUCAGAUUGAAAGACUGGAGCCAUGGGCGCGAACUUUGGUCCGCGGGAGCUUGUGAGGCCUCGGAAGACCCGGAAUUCAAGUUACAGGAGGACGGAAAUCUUGUCCUUUACUGCUCAGGAGCUGCAAAAUGGGACUCUGGCACAGCGGACCCUUCCCUUGAAGAAGAGGAGGGGCAAAAUAUCCUGCAGCUGUUGGCGAAUGGUGACCUCGUGAUCGUGAGCAAGCGCAGCCAAGUCACAUGGUCGAGCAACAGCAAGGUUGCGUAUGACUAUUUCAAAGAUGACUACGGCAUCUAUGACCAGAACUGA